CAGCCCCGCCCCCCGCCACGUCCCCUUCGGGCGCCGGCUCCCGGCGCGGCGGCGCAGCGCGGCUGGCCAUGGCGUUCACGCUGUACUCGCUGCUGCAGGCCGCGCUCCUCGUCGUCAACGCCGUGGCCGUGCUGCACGAAGAGCGCUUCCUCCGACACGUUGGCUGGGGAAGCGAUCAGGGGAUUGGAGGAUUUGGAGAGGAACCAGGAAUUAAAGCGCAGCUAACGAACCUUAUUCGAUCUGUACGAACCGUUAUGAGAGUGCCUCUAAUAGCAGUGAACUCCAUUACAAUCGUUCUGCUCCUGUUGUUUGGUUGAGGAUACGUGGUGAUAAUCUUUUGGACAUCCAAAGAAGCAAGUUGCUAACCAUCACUGCUCUGAGUUUCCUGGGAUCCAGCAUGGUUUAGCUGUCAGUUUGACAUUCAACUUAAAAUAAUAAAGACACUAUUUCUAUUUAUCCUAUUUCCUAAUAUUCACUUGCAGUUUAAUUAAACAAGAUAAUGGGAUCAAUGCAACGACACUGCAAAUAUAUUGGACUAUGAGAAUUUCUGUUGCUGCCUGUAAUAGCAUUGACUGUUAGAGUACACGUCAUAACAUAUUGCGAUGAUUGUCGAUAGGAUGCGGUUUUUAAAUGUCUCGUUACUCAGGGAUGAAUUUCCUUCAGUACGCUUCCCAAUUUAUUUUUAAAUUAAAAAGCACUGUUGUUUUUCUUACUUCAAUUACUACCGCAGUACUAUUUAAGAGAAUAUGAAUUGGGCUGUGAAAACAUGUUAUAAAUUAUUGAAGCACAGUUGUGAUGCUGAGAGAGAUAAAACUAGUUGGGUAAAGUCCUGAUUCAGUUCAUAUUGGAAGUUGAAUUUUCCUGGUUUGAUCGAGACCAGUAUUUUUCUCUUGGUGUUUCACAGCCUGUUCAAACCUAUAAUGUUUCCUGAUGAUGGUGAAGUUAAAAAUAGAUGCAAUUGCUAUGCAAAAUCUAAAAAACCUGUAUCUGAAGCUGGGCAACUCUGUUAAUUUAGAGUAGCAGGUGAUAAUUGGUGAUUAGCAUUUGUUACUGUUCUGUCAAGAAUUAUACUUUUUAAGAUGUGUGUUAAACUUCUGUGUGGUGAUUAGUGUGUUGGAAGUGGAGAACCAUUUGUUAUCUGAGCUUUUGGGGAAGUGUGGGAGUGAAAUACUGUGCCCUUUUUAAAUGUAAUUUGUUAAAAACCCAGCAAAUUUGCAGCUUCAAUUACUGCUGCUUCUUCCCCUGCCCUCCAUCUUGCAUUGUUAACAACUUUGAAACUGGGUAUGAUCCUGCAGUUCUGUCACAGAGAGUAUUGCUUUAGUAUGGAGUUUGUCUCAGUUACGACUGUUGAGUUAGGUCCGAUGCUAUGUAGCAGGUCUGAACUGAAGAAGUCUGAUCCUCAUGAACCUUUUUAGAAAAGUUAAGAAUUCUUACAUCUGUUCCUCUGCUGGGAGUAUUUCAGCUUAUCUUUAAAGAGGGAAGGUCAAAGGAAACCUGGCAGUUUCAUUAUUUUCAAGCAGCGUAGUUUUUCAUCUCUUCUUUCGACGUCUUGAUGACUAAAGUAUACGCUGUUAUAUGCAAAGAUAAAUCUGUAAAAUGUGUAAAUUAAUGGUCUUCAAUUGCAGUGUUUUGCAGAGUAGAGUAUAUUCAGGAGGAGAGUUUUUGUUUCCAUUUUUUAGUGAAAAUUUGUAAAUAAAUUCUGAAUUUCUAAGUUAA